CCUGGCGCUUCUGGAAUUCCUCAAAUUGAAGGCUGCGUUGGCGAUUGUCCUUGGAGACUCCUGGUAGUCUUUAACCGUCAUGGCCGACCAGGAAUUUUCAUCUGACCCUGAACAGGCCCCAGUUCCUCCUAGGCCUAAAAAGGCCUCAAAAAAGAGGCCUGCUGCCCAAGCUUCAACCUCUUCAGCAAGUCAGCCAUUAUCUGUUACAGCCAGGGAGGAACAGAGGAGACACAACGCUCUAGAGAAACAAUUUUCCAGGGCCCAAAAACAGGCACAACUCAUGGGGGAGGUAGUUCUGGAACCUUCCCCUCCUCAACCGGAUCCAUUGGCAUCAACAACCCAGCUGGCAUCACAAGAUAUACCUUCUGAUGUACCUCAGGCACCCAUGUUGUCUGAUAGGCCGGGACCUUCAGCGUCAUUUACACCCACGGCAGCUGGUCUCAGGCCUCAGGAGGCUUUAGGUUGGCCACCACAUUUAGACUUUCAAGCCUUAUUCACAGAUGCACUGGCUAAGGCAAUCACCUCAGGCCUUCAACAAGGGGGACAGCCCCAGUUUGGGUAUCAUACUUGUCAGAUGCCAGCUCCUUCCAGGCCGGCUUGUGGACAUCAUCCUUCUACGCAUCCUCCCCCUCCUCCUCCCCCUCCACCCCCUCCCCAGCCGGCCCAGGCGAUCCAACCUUCCUUAGAGGCUCCAAGUGAGGUUUCAUACUCAACUGAGGGAGAACAGGUUGAGCCAGAGUUCUCAGAUGAUGAGGAAGUGACCCCUGAGAGACCGGCCUUUGCCACCUUGUUCAGGCCAGCGGUCUUUAAGACUUUACUCAGAAAGGCUAAAGCAGUUACAAACAUGGGUACCAUCGUCAAUCCUAACCUUCAGGGUUCUUCUGAUACACAACCGCAGGACGAGCUUUUCGCUGUUCCUGUUCCUGAUCAUGACUAUAUCCCGUGCCCUGAUUUAUUUAAAGAGGUCAUUAAAAGGCAGUGGGAAUCGCCCGGGGUUCUUUCGGCUCCCAGCGGGCACGAUAAAAAGCUUUAUUGUGCUGAUCCGGCCCUGGAGGCCCUUCUCAACCUUCCAUCAGUAGAUUCUCCUGUGGUCAGUCUAUCCUCUUCAGCUGUCUUAUCAUCUGACACUGUGGAGGUGCUGAAAUCUGAUGAACGUAAGACAGAGGUCUCAUUCCGUAAAACGCACCAAGCCGCGGCCUGGGCAGUGAAAGCUGCAACAUCCGCCUCCUUCUUUAACAGAGCCACCUUAAUAUGGCUUCGGCAGUUGAAGGAGAGGUUGCCACCAGGGGACACCAGAAUUGCCCAGGAUUUCAACAAAUUGGUAGCCGCUACGGAAUAUUCGGCGGACGCAUCCUUGGAUGCGGCCCGGUUUGCAGCCAGGGCCAUGGCUUCUUCCAUCUCAUCACGUAGACUCCUGUGGCUUAAACCCUGGAAGGCUGACUCCAAAUCAAAGUGGAGAUUAGCAUCUGCCCCUUACCACGGGUCCUCUUUAUUUGGGGCAGCAUUGGAUCCAAUUUUAAUAGAGGGGAAAGAUAAACGUAAAGUCUUGCCUGUUUCUUAUAGUAGGCAAGAGCGCAGGUUCACACCUUAUAGUCAAAGGCAGCCCUUUCGGGCAGAGUCAGGGCCUAGGGGGUCCUAUUAUGGUCGACAGUAUUCACAAGGAUAUUCACAAGGAUAUUCACAAGACCGCUUUGCAGGAAGGCAGGGCAAUAGCGACAGAGGGAGGUUCCAAUCCUCUUCCAGACGACCUUUUAAGGGAGCCGGAGCCGGAUCCCGUUCUUCCAGAAGGGGAAAAUGACUCCCUCGAACUUUUCCCAAUCGGGGGGCGGCUUCUUCACUUUCUACCCCAAUGGGAGACCUCCACUUCCGAUCCUUGGGUUCAUCGUACUGUGGGGGUAGGAUUGACUCUGGAAUUUUGGACCCUUCCCAAACGUGUUUUUGUUCAUUCCCCAGUACCCCGACGUCGAGACAAACUGAACAAUUUCAACUCAGAAAUCCAGCACCUUCUGCGGAUUGGAGCAAUAGAGGAAGUUCCUCUAUCGCAACGGGGGAAGGGAGUCUAUUCUCUCCUGUUUUUGGUGCCCAAGG